AUGAAGAAACUGCUUUACAAAUGGAAAUCUUGGUGGAGGUCUCUUCCCAAGUUCAAUUACUUUGUAAUCAAGUUGUGGGUUUCGAUUUUCUUUGUUGGUUUUGCAUUUAGGCUAAUUUAUAGUCAAUCCACUGUAUUUUCUCAAUACCCUUCUGUUAAAUAUACUCGUAUUUCACCACCCCAUGUCGAUUAUUUUACUCCCCAACAAAUUACAGUUGAAACGCCUCCUCAAGAAGGAAAGUGUAAUCUUUUUAUUGGGGAUUGGAUUCCAAAUCAGGGAGGACCUCUUUACACAGAUGAGACUUGCAGCUUCAUUCCAGACCACCAGAAUUGUAUGAAGAAUGGACGACCGGAUACUGGUUAUCUUUACUGGAGGUGGAAUCCUCAUGGCUGUGAAUUGCCUCGACUUAAUCCCGAGAAAUUUCUUGAGCUUAUGAGGAAUAGAAGUUGGGCAUUCAUUGGUGAUUCAAUAUCAAGAAACCACGUGCAGUCAUUACUUUGCAUUCUCUCAACGGUUGAGAAGGCCGUUGAAGUUGACCAUGAUGAGGGAUACAAAUCCAGGCGAUGGCUAUUCCCCUUGCACAAUGUUUCUGUUGCGGGUAUUUGGUCCCCAUUCAUUGCAGAAGCAGCCAUUUUUGAUGACAUCGUUACUGGUGCUUCAACUUCUGAGAUUGAUCUGCAUCUCGACAAACUUGAUACAAAUUGGACCAAGUUGUUCAAGAGCUUGGAUUACGUGAUAUUUUCCUUUGGUAAGUGGUUCAUUAGAAGCUCAAUCUACUAUGAGAAAAGUACGGUUUUGGGCUGCCAUUACUGUCCUAAAAGGAACUUCACAGAGCUCGGGAUCGAUUUUGCUUAUCAAAAAGUCCUUAGGAACUUAUUUGACUACAUUGUCACAUCAAAUCACAAGGGCACAAUAUUUUAUAGGACAUCUGCUCCGGAUCACUUUGAGAAUGGGGAGUGGGAUAAGGGUGGUAACUGUAGAAGAACGGAACCUGCAAGGGAAGGUGAGUUAGACCUCCCCUGGUUGAACAAAAUUUUCCGCGAAAUUGAAUUACGAGAAUUUCAAAAGGCAUCAACCAGAGCAUCAAACGGGGUAAAUCUUAAACUUCUGGACGUGACACCUCUUUCAUUGUUGAGACCUGAUGGACACCCGGGUCCAUAUAGAUUCUUCCAGCCAUUUUCGAAAGACAAGAAUGCGAAGGUUAUAAACGACUGCUUGCACUGGUGUCUACCGGGGCCAAUCGAUUCUUGGAAUGAUUUGUUAAUGGAAAUGGUGAUAAAUGGUUGA